GACGCGCUAACGGAGAGUCUUCUAGGUGGUUACCCCUCCUCCGACGCCUCCUAUGGCACUCCACAAUCCAGCAGUCCUGGUACUCCGGCCUUUGAUAAGCAGCGUGCCCAGUCCCCCAGCACCCGAGGUCCCGAGCGCGGUGACACCGUGUCUCCCUCUUCAGACGUCUUUUUCGGUGCCAAACCGCGUUACAUUGCUACUCAGGGUACUCUGCCCAACACAGUGGUCGACUUCUGGCGCAUGAUUUGGCAGGAGCGCAGCGCAAUAAUUGUCAUGAUCACCAAGGAGGUUGAACGGGGCCGGCACCGCUUCUGUAAACUCCUCUGCCACACUGCCUCAUCUACCUUUGCCGACAAUGCGUAA